ACCCCUCAUAUCUACAUUACUUUCAACAUUUCAUUAUGAUAUUGAAUCUAAUAAUCUAUCAGAAGAAUAUACAUCUAUAUUUACAAAACUGCUAUUAUUUGUACAAGAAUCAAUUAAUACUCCUUUAAAUUCAUCUAGCUCACCUCCUAUACCUAUAAAUUAUAUCUCACUUUACGACUUUUCUAAUCAAAAUUUAA